AUGAAUGCUGAGGUAUUUAAAAAAUGGUUUAUUGAUAUGUUGAACCACCUCGAAGAGCCGUCGGUUAUUGUGAUGGACAAUGUAUCUUACCACUCAAUGCUCAAAGAUAAUUUCCCCAAAAGCAAUAGUCGAAAAAUCGUUGUUGAAGAGUGGCUGAAAAAUAAAAAUGUUGAAUUUUCACCACAAGAAUGGUUGUCUGAAUUACGUGAGCGUGUAAAACAACUUAUUCGUUAUAUAAGCGAUACGAUAGAAAUAGCGAUAGAAAUAGUACUGGAAAUGGGCCAUGAAGUGAUAAGGUUACCUCCAUACCAUUGUCAAUAUAACCCAAUUGAAUUGAUCUGGGCACAGGUUAAAGGGGAGGUAGCUAAAAAAAAUAAUACUUUUAAGAUGGCAGACGUAGAAAAGUUGGCGCACGCGGCUAUGGAUGCAGUAACACAGGAGGAUUGGCAGAAGUGUGUUGCACACGCGGAAAAAAUUCAAGAUGAAGAUAAUAGCAAAGAAAUAUUAAGGGAUGUCAUGUUGGAGCCGAUCAUUAUCACAUUACAAGAUGACGAUAGCGAUUGGGGCGAUGAAGAUGAUGAAGACAUAUUUGAGGCCGAUCUUUAG